GACCAUAAAUUAUUUGGUUUUAUAAUGUUUGACAUCCUCCUUUUAUUUGGAUAAAUAAACAAUGGCUACCAACGCUACCACUCUCUCUCUUUCCUUCGCCACAACCUCUUCUUCUUCCUCCUUAGUUGGUAUCUCAAAACGAUUCGUUUCAUUCUCUACGCUGCCUUAUCCUUCUCUAUCGCAUCCUGUUGUCACUCACAGUUCCAAACCUAGGGUUUCCACCCCCUUUGCCUUAGCGGCUGUCGUCAAUGGCGACACCGCAAUCGUCGAUGGAGAAGAAAACGAGGAAGAAAAACCACGGAAGCUCGGAAAUCCUACUCAACUUUACGUUUGCAACCUUCCUAGAAGCUGUGACAUUCGACAACUAACUCACAUCUUCACUCCUCACGGAACCGUUCUAUCUGCACAGGUUUGUCAGAAUGCUGAGACAGGUGAGAGUAAAGGAAGUGCUUAUGUAACGAUGGGAUCUUAUAAUGCUGCUAAAAAUGCAAUUGAUGCAUUGGAUGGAUUGGAUGUUGAUGGACGCGAGGUGCGGGUUAAAUUUUCAGUUCAGAUGAAUACUAAGAAGAAGAAUUUAGAGACGUUGAGUUCACUAACUCCUGUGAGAACUAUAUACUAUGAAGGUCCUUAUAAGGUGUAUGUUGGGAAUCUUGCUAGGUCUACUACACCUGAAGAUGUGAGACAUCUCUUUGGUAAAUUUGGAAAUGUGGCUAGUGUGAGGGUGUUGCAAGAUCUGAAACAGGGGAAUAACCGUGUCUACGCCUUUGUAUCUUAUCUUUCUCAGACAGAACGUGACGCCUCGAUGUCCCUCAAUGGAACGGAAUUUGGUAGUCGAACCCUAGUGGUUAGAGCGGGUGUGGAGAGGACCGAGGCCUAAUCGGAGCUUUCAAAUUCUGCUUAGAAAAUAUUGCAAUUGGGUGUCUGGGAUGGAAGAAGCUCUCUGCUCUGCUAUAUACGAGCGAUAUUGGUGCGAGAAGAACCUUCUGAAACUACAAAGUAUCAGUUGGAAGUGGAAGUGGAAGUGGUCUACUGUAAUUGUUCCAUCAAAAUCUGAAAUUUCAGUCUUAUAUCUUUGUUGUAUGUAAAAUUGCAAUCUCUAGUGUCUAGGGAAAAUGAUUUUCCUUGUGACAAAGUAUUGGUCAAGAACAAGGAUUGUCACAAAGUUGAUAAAGGAACUUCUAUUCCUUUACAUGUCGAGACUUAAUAUGUAAUGAGUGUGAGCAAGUGCAUAUGCAAAGCCAAAUUACCCAUU